AUGCUACCGCUGUUCCACCAACGUUGUCAGAUCUUGUUGCCAAACGAGGUAUACAAGUACCCCGACCUCUGGAUUUGCCCGUACGUUAACUACGGCUGCGACGCCUGGGAACUCGAGGAGGAGUGCGUGGCGUCUGCGUGGAUGACCGAAGGAGGCGAACCGGACGCAGUUUUUUAUCCCCGAGUCAAAUUGGACCAGCUCCACCAAGUAACGACCGAGGAGCGACAAAUCAAUGCUAUCCCUGAUUUGACCAAUUUCGACAGCGAGGGGAACGAGCAAGAAAAUGGGAGAGGCCACUGCGUAGUUUUCGAGACCUCGGCUAUUACGGACUUCCUUGGACAAGAGCGGGACCCCCACGAGUACUUGGAUUACGUCCAUUUAGAUGGUAUUCUACCUGUAGGACUGGUGGCGAACGGCUCUCUCAGCCAACAUGAGUUGGAACCUGUUAUCGGAUCCACCGUACCGCUAUCACGGCCUUGUCGCCCCGACAAACGCAUGUUCUUCGCUGAUGAACAGAUGUACUGGUACCCCGGCGGCAAAUUCGGAAACUCCACGACGUGCGUCAACGAAGGGGUGGAGUGGGCGGACCAUAGGGAGUGGGUUUAUGGCUUCCUGAGCGACCCCGAGGAUCCCACAGCGAUUUCAACAGGAUUUCCGUUGUCCUACAGCUGCAUCACGAAUACCUCCAACACCCACAUCUUCAACACGCUUGGCGUUGGACUCACGAACCAGAUCAAGUUCAUGUCGGAUGACAUCUCAUCCUACAAAGCGUUAUUUACGAAUUUCGGGGUUCACAAGAAUGCGGUGAACCCAAACAUCACGAUGCCCUACGCCCACGUGUCUCUGGAGAUGAAGCAGCAGGCGGACUCUUGGGAGAUCAUCACAGAGUCCAACCCGUACGAGUUCGCCGAGAUGUUUGGCAAUAUUGGCGGCUUUUGGGAUCUUCUACUCAUACUGUGGCCGCUAUGCUUUGUCGCGGCCACUCAACAAGAUCCCCACCUCAAACCUCGAAGCUUCACGAAGUCAGCCGUCAGGGGAGCACAACGCGUGGCGGGUGUUACCAAAAUGGUCGCGCGUGCGGCACCGGUCAAACACACCAGCUCAACAAGCCAUGCAUCCGCGGUAGAUGGCUUCGAAGACCAAGAAGAAGUGCCCGCGUGGGAUCGACAACCCGCGCAACGACAGCAGCCCCCCCAGUCAGCCACUAAUUGGCAGGAAGCGCGCCGCGUUUGACCUCGUCCCUCAAGAAGCAGGGCGGAUGCCUUUCACAUUUUGAGGACGAAAGCACCCCACGAGCGGGAAAAAUGUAAACGUCAGGGCAUCGAAAGCGGGGGAGCCGUGAAUGUAGAGGCGAAUUGGCUUCUCCGGAUAGGGCAACACGUGCGGCUCCUGGGUGGUGGUACCACUAGCAGCGGGGAAGGUCCAUGUUUAAGAAUAUACCAUGGUAGGUUUUUUUGAGUCGUAAGGUGGAUUGCGUUUUAUCUGCGAUUAACAUCGACCCACCCUCGCGCCCGGGCGAGCGUUUUGCGAAGAGCAGGCAGCAGCUCCAGCGUCUCGCCGCGUGGUUGUUAGGGCUUCUGCUGGCCUUGAGUCUGGACUUGUUGGAGGGGGGCACCACACGGUGUUGUAUAUUUUGUAUACAUAUGGCACUCAUUCAGCGGCACGGGACGGCGAAGAGAUGUUGGCUGCAGACGACGUAGAGUGAGCGUCAUCGAGGCCACAAGGGCAGUUUUGAAGGUGGGACGUGCGCAGUGGACCAAAAGUUCGGAGUUUGUAUUUGGGUCUAGCGUUAUGAGUGUACAUACAAGGGUAUCGGGCUGCUCUUGUCAUGUGUUGUGUGAAGAUAUUCGUAGUGUAUCCUUAAAUGGUGCCCCAGUACAAUUCUGUUUGUUUUUUCGUAGUGGAAGUUCUCGGUCUCAUCCUUAACCGAAGUGAUGUUUUUCGAUGCCUAGCAGGCAUUGUGAGAUGCCAUUUGUUCCUGAAUCCAUACGGGAUGACGGAGUUACCGAGUGGUCGUUUUCUCUGCCGCCAUCCAGCCUGUACGUCCCACUAACCUACCGAAAGGGGAAACCAUUGACGCGACAGCGGUGUAGGAAACGGGGUGAACGUUCCCGAAGAGGGUGACACAGUUGACCGUCUUGUAGGGAGUCAAGACAAGUGGCCGACGGCAGGCACCGUCCGAUUGGCAGUUGAAAGUACUCCUUGCUUGCGUAUAGUACACACGAGGGCCCUCGGCGAUCGAGGGGCAUGCGUGAGUGACGAAAGCAGGUGUUCCCGUGCUUCCUGUGUACUCUCGACAAGGACGACGUGCGCAACCAAACAAUGACAACAUAUCGUACGCGAAAGAUACUUCUUUGAACUUUGAAGCCAAUACAUCAACGGGAAAUCAACGACAACGCUAAAGUCCACCGACUUCGAUCGCCAUCCUGUUGGAGCCGCAAUAGCUCCUGCCAGCUUGAAAGCUCCUCCCACAAUCACCGACGCCGCGAUCCCCGCGACGUUCACCGCUCGUGUCCACCGGUUGGUUGCGGGUCGUGACGGUUUUGAGAGACCUGAGACGGCUCCCCUUCGCGCCCCAGAUGUGAUCUACUGCUGCUGCUGCUGCUGCCGUGGACGCACAGCAAUAUUGGGGGCGCGGAGAGCGUGGAGAGCGGUGGGAGUUGCACGAGGAGGAGCGUAAAGGGAGAGUCAACCCGGAUGGGGAAUCAAUUUGCUGCUAAUCCUGAUUCAGGGUUGACCGGAAGCGGGGUAGGGUUCUUGAGAGGGGAUGAUUAUCUUGUGGCGUGCGCGUUUAGCAUCUGCCAGGUUGAGGCUGUCCUUCGUUAGCAAAUUUACCGCGAGCAGAUCCUGGCCACAGGAUGAACCAACAAACGUUUUCCACAUGUAUUGAGUGGGUUUUGUGUCGGGUGAGGUGUAAAUUUUCAGCUGUGGGGACGCAAUAUCAACACAUUAGGCAUGCUGGUAAAUACAUGUUUGGUGGUCUGGUACGGCCAGCAAACAUCGUCCAGGCCCCGCGGCGGCCACAAACCUGCACCGGCAUGUUUAUUACCAGUUGUCAGGGGGGACAGGUGACGGCCCCAAGAUUGCAGCUGACUGAUGGGUGGGUGCUGAGAAGGGCGACCCUGCAUGUGGUUGUGAUAUUCGGUACAC